GCUGAAAAAAAAAAAAACAUUAAAAUACUAUGUCGAAACAACAACCUAUCUUCCAUUUCCAUGUCCGAUAUCAUUUAUGAAGCCGCCGGAAAGAUGACACAGCUUUGUAGAAAAAUUGUUCACGUCAAUAUCAAAUGGAGUAUACUAGGAAGGGUAUCGAUCUUUCGAAGGUUUUUUAGGUUCAUUUGGGAUAGAAUUCUUGUUUGUUCUAUAGGAAGACGCCCUGUGAACUACACGAAGUUGGCUCGCCGGGAUUCUUCUCCGGUGGAAGGGGUAGUGGUUUACGGAGAUGAAGACGACGAGGCCGGCCUCUCCCGGGUGAUAUGUAACGGGUACGAGACGGAUUCGGAUUUGGUUAGUUUGAAGAUCAGUUUGUUAGGUGACUGUCAAAUUGGAAAAACAAGCUUUCUGAUCAAAUAUGUUGGGGAUGAAGAAGAGAAAAGCUUACAAAUGUCAGGAUUAAAUUUAGUAAACAAAACAUUAUCGGUUCAAGGUGCCAGGAUUUCUUUCAGCAUAUGGGAUGUAGGAGGUGACAGUAACUCACUUGAUCAUCUUCCAAUUGCUUGUAAAGAUUCAGUAGCAAUUUUCUUUAUGUUUGAUCUAACUAGCCGAUGCACCCUUAACAGUGUUGUUGGAUGGUAUAGUCAAGCAAGAAAAUGGAACCAGACUGCAAUUCCAGUAUUAAUAGGAACAAAAUUUGAUGACUUUGUUAGACUUCCCCCAGAUUUGCAAUGGACUAUUGUUACUCAGGCAAGAGCAUAUGCCAAGGCAAUGAAGGCAACCCUUUUCUUCUCAAGUGCUAAACAUAACAUCAAUGUGAACAAGAUCUUCAAGUUCAUCAUGGCCAAACUGUUUAACUUGCCAUGGACUGUUGAGAGAAACUUGACUAUUGGAGAACCCAUCAUCGACUUCUAAAAACAUGUUUCUUUUUUUGGGUUUGGGUUCCCCCCAACUGAUCGUUAUGUACAUAGUUGAAAUAGAAAGAAAAUGAGAACAUGGAAAAGAGAAAAAAUAAACAAAAGUUUUUCAAUUCUUAGCACCAAAUUUGACCCCACAACCACCAAGCUUUGGUCUCUGAUUGUUUGGUUCAUUUCUUUUCGUUGCCUUUGCCUUUUCCUUGUAACGUAUUCUCGUUUCAAAGUUAGCCUCUCUUCCUCUAAUUCGUGUUGAAUAUGAGUAUACUUUAUUUAUAAGAUUUUAUACUUGUGUUCGGAUAAAUAAAAAUAAUGAACAGAAAUAUUUAAAGGAAAA